UACAAAGCUCAUCUAAAUUGUCCGAGCGAAUGAACAUUAGUAGGCCACACUUUGUCUGUUGCUCGAGACGCUCACACAGAUCGUAAUGGAUUUUUACAACUUUAGGUUGCUUUUGCUAAUUCUGACAGCAAUUGGAUGCCGCUCUGGAGACUCACUUCUCCCACCGAAUAUCAGUGGCGUAAUCGGCAGAAAUGUCACUUUCCCGACUGCGCUUCCUGCGUCGAUAUCGGGAGUCGCCUCGUUAUCGUGGACUUUCAAAUCUCCAACCCAACCUCAGCCCUCUCCCGUGUACACGAGACUUAAUGACAAUGAAAAAGUCGCCAGUGGUUACGUCGGCCGUAUCCUCUGCAACAAGACAACCUUUGCUCUACAACUCGGACCCCUGACGUCGAUGGACGGAGGAACCUAUUCCCUUAGCGUAAUAACUCUCGAUAUGGUUACAUUGACGGCCGAGACUAUACUCGAGGUGCUAGAGGCCGUGGCAGAUGUGAAGGUCAUCUACAGCCCCCGUGAACCUGUGGAGAUCAACAGCACUGUGGUCCUGACCUGCGUGGCCCAAGGCUCCUCGCUCUCCUACAACUGGAUGAAUGGCUCGGCCCCUGUGGUGGCGGACGGGCAGCAUGUCACACUCAACAGGAGUCAGCUGAUCAUUAGCAGUGUGUUCCGCGGUGACCUGCUUGGACCCAUCUAUUGCAUCGCCCAGAACAAGCUGGAGUCGGCCAGGAGCCCUGUAUUCAACCUUACCGUCAGCUAUGGCCCAGAGAAAGUUGCUAUGACAAGAGUGCCGACUGAUGAGGUCCUGAAGAAGGGUUCCAACAUGACACUCUCAUGCACCGCUCAGUCCAGUCCUGUGGCUGACCUCCUUUGGCUUCUGAAUGGAGUCCUGCUGCCCAUGAAGGGUAGCACACUCUACCUGUCUGGCCUCACAGAAGAACAGAGCGGCAACUACACCUGCAUGGCCUACAACAACAUCACCAGGCGCUACACUGUUUCCCAGGUCACCACAGUAUCCAUCAUAGAGGCCAUCUCUGGCACAAACAUCAAUGGCCCUGCUUCCCUACUCAUCGCCGGCAACAGCACGGCCAAUCUGACGUGCAAAGCUCUGGCAGGGAAAGCGGACCGCGUAGUGUGGUUCAAGGACGGCAAGUCACUGGAGACCACCCCCCGUGUGAUCCUCAACGGCGACAAGAGCACGGUCAGCAUCCUCGAGGUGCAGAAGGAGGAUGCCGGCAAGUACAGCUGCCAUCUGAUAAACAGCGUGAACACCGACAUCGACAACUAUGUGAUGGUGAUCAACUAUGGGCCAGAGAAUGUGAAAAUCACAGGGGUCAAGCAGGUGGAGGUUGUCGAUACUGUGGUGAUGACAUGCUUGGCUGCCUCAGUGCCGGCACCCACCUACGUCUGGAAGUUCAACGGCACAGUCCUGGAUACCACCACAGCUGAGUACAAGAUCAACAAACCUGACUACAGGAACAGUGGCAUAUACACUUGCGAGGCUUACAACCCUAUCACUGGACUCACCAAUAUUGCCACCCACAGUCUCCUAGUUAAGGGAGAGGGGGAACUGCAUGACCAGCUGUCAGAUGGUGCCAUAGCUGCAAUUGUCAUAACCGUUCUCAUCAUUUUGGCUGUCAUCAUCGCCUUCAUCAUCCACAAAAAGCGGAAGGUUACAGACAUUCCCUCACCAUAUUAAAGAGAAACCAUGGGAGAAUGAUCCGAAUCCACUAGACCUCUUCAGCCAUCCUUUCAAUGUAAACAAAUGUUCUACCAGGGCAGCUGGAAAAACUGUCCUCAGGAGUGGAGCACACCUUCAGGGCUGGCCCUCGAUCUCAUGCAACCUUUCCACCUUUCCUACUUUUCCUCAUUCCAAAAGGGGAGUCAACCCCCAACCUCCCUAGCCCUAAUUCCUCUCCUCUCUGCAAAUAUUCAGGAGUAAAAAGCCCCAGCACAGUCACCACCUCACUGAAGACAUGGGGAGGGGAUGUGGGUACAGGUCAAGAGCUGAUAGCAGAUAAAACAAAAGCGUCCCCCACCCUCACCCCAUACACACACCUGGGAGUUUUGACCCCAUUUUCACUUACCUUAGGCUGAAGAGGACUGUCUUUUAUUUCUAAAGAUAUUUGAGACCCCAUUCGUCACUCCAUCAAGCUCCCCCUGACCCCACCACCCCUCAUCGCCCAUCCCGUCAAUCCCACCCAAUGCAUCGGACUGUUGCACUGUAGCAUUGCACCACUAACUCUGAAAGAACAUCACUCAUUCAUAAUCGACUUCAGCAAGUUUCUCAGAGCUUAAAAGUAAAAACAAAAACAACAACAACAAACGCAAAGUCUGUGCACUGCAGCAUCAAAGGAUUCCAAAGCUGUUGACAACACAAAGAUAUCAAAAGCAACCUGAAGUUGCCAGUGUUAAAGCUGUCCAAAGGCUUCACACACCUUGAAGCACCCAUGAAGGCCUCCUUGCCACCCUUGAGUUAGUCACCAGUCAAGCUCAAGACUUGAUUCCAUUUUUAUCUUCCCAUCCUCCUUGUAGUGGGCUGCCAAUGACAUUAGCAGUUCAGAGGGCAGGCCUGAACCCGUUUGGAGCGUACCAAAGGGAAAAGGAUGAGACAUUUCUGUGGGCAGUGGCAUUUCACAAUUUUGGAGGGAAGCUGUUUUGUCAGUUCACAGGCUUUGCCUGCAAAGAUCUGUUGUGCUAAAGUGACAAUUUUAAAUGUCUGUUUUGUAAAAAAAAAAAAAAAUUUUUUUUUUUUUUUUUUUUUUUAAAGAUUUACAGUGUCACCUUCACCUGAGCUUUCAGGUAUGAAACUGAACCCUCUGAGUAUUUUCUGUUAUUACAUUUAAUUUUUAGAUUGUGAUGCAAUGCUAAAUGUGUAUUCAUUUUUUUCCCCAGAGAUAUAUGUUCUUUCUGUUGUGCUUUUUUGAUGCCUCAAAUGAAUGUAGAGGUAAGACAGAUUUUGAUGAUGAGUUGUGUGUGUGUGUGUGUGUGUGUGUGUGUGUGUGUUUGUUUUUUUUUGUUUUGUUUUUUUUACAUUUAGGAUACAUGUCAUUGUACACACACAAAACACACUCCUAUACUCCUAUCUUUGACUCAAAGAAACAAAUAUCUUCAGACAGUGGAACAAACAAACAUGCAUUAAUCUAGGCUAACUGAGACAAAUGAUUCUUCUAUAAUGGCCCAUGUUGAAGUACUGGCAUCUCACCGUGGUUUUACACAUGAGGAGCACAUUAUGUAGGGCCUUUUCAGGGAAUUCAUGUAUUCAUUUAACCCUGGAUCUUUUUAAAGGAGGUAAAUUGAAUUUUAGAAUUUUGUUUUAGUUCAAACUUUAAAUUACAUAAAGGUCAAAAAAGGAAAAUUAUCUUUAUAAAGAGUAUUGAAAGUACUGUACAUUAACAUCAGGUUAAUAAAUGAAUUCUACAUUUAUUUAUAGAGAUUGUUUCAAUUUGUUUCAGUGUCACAUUUUCAAGUGUCUCUAGGGUUUAAAAAGUUUGAUAAAGAAUAAAGAUUGAUAAAGGAUAUCUUUAUUGAAAUUGUUCACCUGAAUUAGUUUUUU